AUGCCUCCAGAAAAACCACUUCCAUAUCCAGAUGAUUUUUCCAACGCAGAUGAAUACGUCGACUCACUCCUAAACUUCGCAACCACCUCUACCCUUUUCCAAACCCUAUGCGGAGGCGUUCAUAUCCUCGAUUUCUUCAUCAGAGAGCCAAGUCUCUAUCAUAAGAUUCUCCCCGAAGAAUGGCGCGCCUGGUUACUCGAAUAUCCCUCUAUGGAUUUUCUAGAUUUACUCAUGCGGGAUGAUCUUUCAUUGGCACGUGAUACGGCCAAUCCGCCGCCAGAAUCUCUCAUCACAUAUAUCCUCAAUAUCCGCAAACAUUCACUGAUCCGAAGCGUGGAGAAGAAGAAUCUCAGUGCUAGAAAGUUACCAAGACAUGUGGCGGUGGGCAUGAUUCCGAAGAAAAUACACGAGGUGACGAAUUUUGCGGAUUAUGUGACGCGGGUUGCGGAUGAGGUGAAGGAGGAAAGUGGAAAGGAAAUCACGCAUUUUGUGGAUUUUGGGAGUGGGCAGAAUUAUUUGGGGAGAACGUUGGCGAGUCCGCCGUGGAACAGAUGGAUUGUGGCGGUGGAGAGUAAGGGGGGAAAUAUUGAGGGGGCGAAGAGCAUGGAUAUUUUGGCGGGGAUGGCGGAGAGGGAAAAGGUUAUGAGAAAUAAGAAAGUUUUUAGGGAGAAGAUUAUGGGAGAGACGAUAUAUACCCCAGCUGUUGGGAAGGGAUAUAUUCAAUACGUGGAACAUCGAGUUGAAGAUGGAGAUUUAUCAGAUGUGGUAUCACAAAUUGAGGAUUUGAAAGUUUCAGCCCCAGAUGGUGAUCUCAACAUCAUUUCGGAGACCGGUUCUACCGCUCUUGCUAAAGAAGAUAUCAUAUCCCGUGUCUCGGAAGUAAUACCCUCGGAAAUAAAUCUAAUGGCUAUAUCCAUCCACUCCUGCGGCAACCUCUCACAUCAUGGAAUCCGCUCUCUCCUCCUCAAUCCUUCGGUUCACGCUAUAGCCAUCGUAGGCUGCUGCUACAAUCUCCUCUCCGAACGUCUCAACACUCCUUCCUACAAACAUCCUCUCCUCCGUCCCAAUCUCCGCGCUCUGAAUCUUCCACACCCUUCUUCCUCUUCAAGCCCCGCAUCAGAUCCCCACGGUUUCCCCAUGUCUAACCGUCUAUCAACAUACAACGAGCAUGGCAUCACACUCAACAUCACCUCUCGAAUGAUGGGUGUCCAAGCGCCUGCAAACUGGACCGCCAAAGACAGUGAUUCAUUUUUCACACGCCACUUCUACCGCGCUUUACUCCAAAAGCUAUUCCUAGAUUACGGUGUUGUACAAGCCAUCCCAUUAGACACCUCCGACCAUCUCGACAAACGGACUCCCACUUCCACAAAGUGCAACACGACAGAAUGCUGCGACGACAAAGAAGAGGAGCCCAUCACCACAACCCCCAUUAUAAUCGGUUCCCUCCGAAAGUCUUGCUACGAGUCCUUCACCAGCUAUGUGCGAGGCGCGAUUCAAAAACUAACCGCCACGCCAGCUUCCUCCUCCGAGGAACCACAAGUCCCCCGCUCCGACGUCUCAUCCAUGGUCCAGGAAAAAGUCGGCGAUAUCACCGAUGCCGAAAUCCAGACUUACGAGUCUCAAUAUUUGGCGAGGAAAAAAGAACUCAGUAUCAUUUGGUCACUGAUGGCGUUUAGUGCUGGGGUUAUAGAGUCAAUGAUUGUAGUUGAUCGAUACGUGUUUUUGCGAGAGGCGAUUGAGAGGGGAGAGUGUAGGGACGCGUGGGUUGAGGGGGUCUUUGAAUAUGGGAUGAGUCGAGAAAUUUGGUAG